AUGUCGGACCUCCAGACAUCGAAGCUUGCAAGGCCGACCCUCUGGGGAUUCUUCAAGGAAGUUUUCAAUUGGUAUCCGUCUUCUUAUCCUUCUGAAGAAAGGAAAUUGCUUUUCAAGCUCGACGUGUCAAUUCUGGUUUUUGCUUGCUUAUGCUUCUUCGUCAAAUAUUUGGAUCAGACAAACAUCAGCAAUGCCUAUGUGAGUGGGCUAAAGGAGGAUUUCGGUCUAUAUGGCAACGAACUCAAUUAUUUCAAUGUCUGUUAUUAUACAGCAUAUGUGGUGUUCCAGGUCCCUGGUCUUCUUUUAAUGUCACGCCCAAAACUGGCUCGCUGGCUGCUUCCCGGACUUGAAGUCCUCUGGGGUGUUUGUACAUUUGCCCAAAGUCGUGCCACCAAUGUCCACCAACUCUACGCUCUCCGGUUUUUGGUUGGAAUGCUGGAAGCUCCUGUCUUUGCCGGAACUCAUUUUAUCCUCGGCUCAUGGUAUUCUGGUCCAGAACUUUUCAAGCGUGCUGGUACCUGGUUUAUCUGUAACCCACUAGGAAGCAUGGUUAGCGGUUACCUGCAAUCUGCUGCUUAUACCAACCUCUCGGGAGUAGGGGGCAUGCCUGGGUGGAGGUGGCUUUUUAUCAUUGAUGGGAUAUUCACCAUCCCCGUGGCUUUUAUCGGGUUCUUCAUAUUCCCAGGCAUUCCAGACUCGCCGCGGCCAUUCUAUUUGACCGAGAGUGAUAUUGCUUUGGCCAAGGAGAGGGCACGUAAGGCAGAGAUCCGUCGCCCUGGUAAACUUGGGCUCGAUGUGUUCAAGCGGUCUCUGAAGCGGUGGCAUAUUUGGGUCUUUGUUGCAACUUAUGCUUGUAUGAUCAUUUCGUCUUAUCCGACGUCCUAUAUGAACUUAUGGCUCAAAGCUGAGGGAUACUCAGUUGCGCAGGUCAACAAGCUGCCAACGGUCAUUUAUGCCAUUCAAAUUGUCGCAUCCUGGUUUGGGACGACUGUUGCUGCAAUUUACCCUUCUUGGAUCAUCUAUACAAUCGCUUCUUUAGGUUGCCUUUUCUCAACGUUAUGCAUGAUUAUUUGGAAUAUCCCAAAGGGGUUGAAGUUUGCUGCGUGGUAUAUUCUCGGUCUGUCGGGCUGUCUGAGUCCUAUUCUCUAUUCUACGGUCAACACCGUUGUCAAAGAUGAUUCCGAAGAGCGAGCACUCAUCCUGGGGUCCAUGAUGACAUUUGGGUACUCAUUCCAGAUCUGGGUUCCACUUCUUGUGUUCCAAACCUCUGGUCACUACGGGGCUCCGCAAUGGAUCAAGGGAUGGCCCGUGGCAUUUGUGUUCUAUUUCUUGUUGUGGGCGGGUUUCAUUACUUCCCUGGUAAUUCAUCGACGGGACCAGAGGAAGAACGCCACCGUGAUAGCGUCCGACAGCGAGGAUAUUGAGAUAAUCGUGGACCGAGAGCCUCCGAAAUCUGCCGAAACGGAAUGA